AAGGUUUCCAAGGUCAGUCUCUGUCAUUUCUUAGGGAUACUUUUAAAUUUCGUCGGAACCUUAUCAAAUCCUGUUUCGUCCCUCGGGAUGUAUCAAUUCAACGUUUGUAUUAUGGCUAAUUGUCAUCGAUUACCCAAAUAACCAAACAUAUUUCUAGUGAUAUCUACUUUUCAUGGACUUGACCAAUUAUUGAUGGUCUAGUUUAUUUUGUGAAUUUCCAUGCCUCGUUUGUCCCUGUUCACAAUUUUCCCAAGUGUCUUUCAUUCACAUUUAUCAACAUUGUCAGUUAUUUCUGGUCUGCCAUUUGAUGACCAACUUGCUUUAUCGCGUGAUAAAGAACUUUAUUUUCGAGUGCAUCGUUCUGCCGAGUUGAACUUUUCGAAUUUUGACGGACUCAACACUACUGAUUUGACCAAUGUAUCGUAUGAACUGAAAGAGUUUUAUAAGUCAGGUGACAAUCUGGUUUCAAUUGGGAAUUCCUUGGAUACCACAGGAUUGUCGAAUUAUGAACACCGUACUGGAAUAAUAUCUAACCAACCCAAUAAAACCAUCAUUUCACAAAAGUCAGAAGAAAAAAUUUUGUUUGAAGUUGUAACUGCUGCAACAGCAUCCGAAGAAGCUUUUCUUAAUCGUUCUUCUGUUUUGUUUGUGGCUGUUUCAUUCAUCCUUCUUAUGGUGAUCAGCUUGGCAUGGCUUGUAUUCUAUUAUGUCCAGCGGUUCCGAUACUUACACAGCAAAGAACGAGUUUCUAGAAGACUUACGGAAUUGGCUAAAAAAGCUGUCGCACGUAUACCUAUCAAAACCUUACAUUCUGGAGAUUGGGAAAUAACUUCGAGCUAUGAACAGUGUGCAAUAUGUAUUGAACCUUUUAAAGCAAUGGACAAUAUUCGUAUUCUUCCUUGUCGACAUUACUUUCACAAACUUUGUAUCGAUCCUUGGCUUCUGGAACAACGUAGUUGUCCCAUGUGUAAACUGGAUAUUUUACAAGCAUACGGUUUUCGUGCAGAGUUAUUUUGCAGCUACACUAACUUGGAAAGCUUACCUAAUCAAGUACUCUCUACCUCUGGUCCGACUUUAUCCAUACCUUCAGUUUGUUCAACUUUUUCUAAUUUGGUAUCGGGUAAUUUAUCCAGCCCACAAACGAGUAAUGAUGUUUCUGUGAUAGAAAGCCUUUCAUUGAUUAGUAGUCAAUCACAAAUUAUGAGCAAUCUUCUGACAGUAGCACAUGGAUCUCCAUUAACUUAUUUGGUGCUGACUGGUACUAAUGGCUUUGCUAACGCUACCGAUUCCAUAAUAAUUCACGCUCAGUCAUUCCCUAAAACCGAUGGCCAGCCGAAUCUUGAAAAUUCAGAUUCAACUCCAUUCAUUCAAAAUGAUAACAUUACUCUACCAAGUCGUAACGUGACAAACAGUAUUACCAUCCCAUUGUUAUCAAAUUUAUCUCUCCCACCAAAGCAGAUGACGGGUUCAUCUGUGUGGAGUACAAAUCUCUUACCAGUAUGUGUAGUUACCUCUGUCACUACAUCUGAGUCAUGUCAACCUAGAGCACUUAUGGUUUGUGAAUCUUUCCUUGGUAAUAUUUUUCAUCAAACAUGCUCUGUUGUGACCGCAACAGUCGCCUCACUAACUGAUCAUUCAAUAUCCAUGUCUAAUAAUACUAAUGAGGCAACAACUUCGACUACCCAGUCGUUAACAGGUCCAUUAUGCUCGACCACCCAUGAUUCAGAGAUUUUAUCUAUCCAUCAAAUGAAUUUUAUUUACACUAACUGCCCAGGACACUUAACAUCACAAACAAAUCUUUCUAUAGAGCAACCACAGGGAACUUGUCCUACCAGUAAUUCAAUUAAUUUAGAUUCAUCACAAUAUCUAGCGAAUCGGCGUAAUUUGCGUAUGAUAAAUUUUAAAAACAUAUUUAAUCCCGAUAAACCUCUCGGUAAUAUUCGUUCUAGAAAUAAUCACUCAUCCAUGAAUUUAUUUCGCAAUUGGUUCACUCGUCACUGGUGUAAUGCAUUUUAUCCACAAUCUAACAGUGCUAAACGAACCAAUCGUUUUUUAUAUAGUUCUCCUCCAUAUUAUGCAACUACUACAUCCUCAAGAAGUCAAAUUGUGAAUACAGAUGAGUUUGACCAAUGUAAGUCAAAUUUAAUUAGAGUCAAACAACAAUCACCUAGCACAUCAAAUACUGAAGAAUGCUAUGUAACUGCUGUUGUUGAAGAUAUACCAUCAGAAACAGGUAAUAGUUCUAUACUAUCUGAAUCUGUGAAUAUACUUACUUCGGAUCAUUCUACAGUUAUUCACUCUACAAAUUCUACAUCUAGUAGCUUCAGUUUACAUGGUACAACUGAAAUAGCAUUUUCUCAAUAAUAUCAAUUACAUGUUUCAAGUUGUUUUUCAGUUGUUUCUCAUAUAUUUAGUGUACACAAAUAUUAGUGAGUUCGUAUUAUAUUUUGCCAGUUAUUGGUUUGAUUAUUUUGGAAUACAUUAAUGAAAUCAAACUCGUAUUUUUAUUUAUUUCAUUUACUUCGGAUUGUUUCUUGUACACAUACUAUUAAUAUAAUAAGUACUGCUUACAGCAACUUGCUCCUCAUUAUUACUUUUGAUGUUGUUAUAAGCUGUAUAUUUUUCAGUUGUUUAUAUUUUUCUGUAAACUUAAUAUUAUUUAUUUUACAAUGGUUAAUUAUGUCCAAGCAUCUUUUAUCAACAUACCUAUUAGAUUUCAUUUACUCAAACCAUCAAGCCCUUUUGUAUCAUUCUUUAACAUAAUUGAAUUUAUAAAAACCUAGUGUUUACGAUGAUAUCUUUUGAGUGUGUGCAAUGUUUUGUGUGUGAUCUUAUUUAACCCAUAUAUAUAUGUAUAACUUGUAACUUGGUGAAGAAGCUUUUCUUUGGAUUUUUUUCCUUUCCCACGAGUUGAUAAUUGAAUACUGAAAAAUAAUCUAAUAUAUUACUGUCGUAAUUUUUGACUUUACGCUUUUUGUUCCUCAAUAUUUUUUCUGAAAGAAAGUCAUUUAUUCAUUGGUUCAUUUGUUUAAAAAGCUUAUUUAAACUGUCAGAAUAGAUGAAAAUUCUUCCUAAUAAACCUUUUGUCAUAAUUAUAUGAUAUUUAUUGUAGCGCGACCGCUUCUUACAUUGUUUUUCCUAAACAGUUUUUGUCUCUACAUUUGUUCUAUCCAAACUUUUGUAAUAAGUAUUUUUUAGUCACA